CGCGCAGGCGCGCCGAAGGCUGGGAGCUUUGGUUGGGGCGGUGGGGCUAUUGCCGGUUGCCGCGUCCUGCUCCCUUUGACGCCCCCCUAGCGCGAAUAGCCGUCGCCAUGUCGUCGGUGAGCUCUAUCCAGAUCCCCAGCCGCCUCCCGCUGCUGCUCACCCACGAGGGCGUGCUGCUGCCCGGCUCCACCAUGCGCACCAGCGUGGACUCGGCCCGCAACCUGCAGCUGGUGCGGAGCCGCCUGCUCAAGGGCACGUCGUUGCAGAGUACUAUCCUGGGGGUCAUCCCCAACACGCCCGACCCCGCCAGCGACGCGCAGGACCUGCCGCCGCUGCACAGGAUUGGGACGGCUGCCCUGGCGGUUCAGGUUGUAGGCAGCAACUGGCCCAAGCCCCACUAUACUUUGCUGAUUACAGGCCUGUGCCGUUUCCAGAUUGUGCAGGUCUUGAAGGAGAAGCCAUAUCCUGUUGCCGAAGUGGAACAGUUGGACCGGCUUGAGGAAUUUCCCAACACCUGUAAAACUAGGGAGGAGCUAGGAGAACUAUCAGAACAGUUUUACAAAUAUGCAGUACAGGUCUGUUUCCCCUACCAAACUCGAAUUCAUCCCUGCUGUAGCCAUCCCAUACUGAGCAGUACAUUGUGUCUAACAAGUAGUUUGUGCUCAUUGGUGGAAAUGUUGGAUAUGUCUGUCCCUGCAGUUGCUAAAUUGAGACGCCUUUUAGAUAGUCUUCCAAGGGAAGCAUUACCAGACAUCCUGACCUCAAUUAUUCGAACAAGCAACAAAGAGAAGCUCCAGAUUUUAGAUGCUGUGAGUCUAGAGGAGCGGUUCAAGAUGACCAUACCGCUGCUUGUCAGACAAAUUGAAGGCCUGAAAUUGCUUCAGAAAACCAGAAAACACAAGCAAGAUGAUGAUAAGAGGGUUAUAGCAAUACGUCCUAUUAGAAGGAUUACACACAUCCCAGGUGCCUUAGAAGAUGAGGAUGAGGAUGAAGAUCAUGAUGACAUUGUCAUGCUAGAGAAAAAAAUACGAACAUCCAGUAUGCCAGAGCAGGCCCACAAAGUCUGUGUCAAAGAGAUAAAAAGACUCAAAAAAAUGCCUCAGUCGAUGCCAGAAUAUGCUCUGACUAGAAAUUAUUUAGAACUUAUGGUGGAACUUCCUUGGAACAAAAGUACAACUGACCGUCUGGACAUUCGAGCAGCCCGGAUUCUUCUGGAUAAUGAUCACUAUGCUAUGGAAAAAUUGAAGAAAAGAGUGCUGGAAUACCUGGCUGUCAGACAGCUGAAAAACAACCUGAAGGGCCCCAUUCUUUGCUUUGUUGGCCCUCCUGGAGUUGGUAAAACAAGUGUGGGAAGAUCAGUGGCCAAGACUCUUGGUCGAGAGUUCCACAGGAUUGCACUUGGAGGAGUGUGUGAUCAGUCUGACAUUCGAGGACACAGGCGUACCUACGUUGGCAGUAUGCCUGGUCGUAUAAUCAAUGGCUUGAAGACUGUUGGGGUUAACAAUCCAGUGUUCCUAUUAGAUGAGGUGGACAAACUAGGAAAAAGUCUGCAGGGUGAUCCUGCAGCAGCUCUGCUUGAGGUGUUGGAUCCUGAACAAAACCAUAACUUCACAGAUCAUUAUCUAAAUGUGGCCUUUGACCUUUCCCAAGUUCUUUUUAUAGCUACUGCCAACACAACUGCUACUAUUCCACCUGCCUUGCUGGACAGAAUGGAGAUCAUUCAGGUCCCAGGGUAUACACAAGAAGAGAAGAUCGAGAUUGCCCACAGGCACUUGAUCCCAAAGCAGCUGGAACAGCAUGGGCUGACUCCUCAGCAGAUUCAGAUCCCACAGGUUACUACUCUUGACAUCAUCACCAGGUAUACCAGAGAGGCAGGGGUUCGCUCUCUGGAUAGGAAGUUUGGAGCCAUUUGCCGAGCUGUUGCUGUGAAGGUGGCAGAAGGACAACAUAAAGAAGCCAAGUUGGACCAUUCUGAUGUGGCUGAGGGAGAAGGUUGUAAAGAACACAUCUUAGAAGAUGCAAAACCUGAAUCUAUCAAUGACACUACGGACUUAGCCUUACCACCCGAAAUGCCGAUUUUGAUUGAUUUCCAUGCUCUGAAAGACAUCCUUGGGCCCCCAAUGUAUGAAAUGGAGGUGUCUGAGCGGUUGAGUCAACCAGGAGUGGCAAUAGGUUUGGCCUGGACCCCCUUAGGUGGGGAAAUCAUGUUCGUGGAGGCAAGCCGAAUGGAUGGUGAAGGUCAGCUGACUCUGACUGGCCAGCUAGGAGAUGUCAUGAAGGAGUCUGCCCAUCUCGCGAUUAGCUGGCUCCGCAGCAACGCAAAGAAAUACCAUCUGACCAAUGCUUCUGGAAGUUUUGAUCUUCUUGACAACACAGACAUCCAUCUGCACUUCCCAGCUGGUGCUGUCACAAAAGAUGGACCAUCUGCUGGAGUUACCAUAGUAACUUGUCUCGCCUCACUUUUUAGUGGGCGGCUGGUGCGUUCGGAUGUAGCCAUGACUGGAGAAAUCACAUUGCGGGGUCUCGUUCUUCCAGUGGGUGGGAUUAAAGACAAAGUGCUGGCGGCACACAGAGCAGGAUUGAAGCAAGUCAUUAUUCCUCAGAGGAACGAAAAAGACCUUGAAGAAAUCCCGGGCAAUGUACGACAGGAUUUAAGUUUUGUUACAGCAAGCUGCCUGGAUGAAGUUCUUAAUGCAGCUUUUGAUGGUGGCUUUGUUGUCAAGACCAGACCUGGUCUCUUAAAUAGCAAACUGUAGGCCCAAAUCCCGACUUUUCAGAAUUGCAAGUUAUGAAGUGCCAAAGGGCACAGAAAAGGUUUUUGUUCAUACCAGUAGAGGUAGGCUAAGUGUCCCUAAUCUUUGAACAUGAUCACGACAGUAACCUCACUCAAAUGGCUGGUGUUGAUUACAGAAAUGUUAACUGAAUAAACGGAUUGAUAAAAAUUGAA